AUGGAGCCUUUAUCAAAAUCCCAGGCUUUUGGAAACCAGGUGAAAAAUGAAAGAAUAAAAGUAUCCCUCUCCAUGCAAAUUGUCAAGCAAGGACCUGGAAAAGACCUGGAUCCCAACAACGUUAUCACUGAACAAGAAGAGAGGCAGAGAUGCUCCUUUCAGGAUAACAACGGGCAGAAGAUCAUCCUUGAGGCUGUCCUAUACACUACCUGCAAGAAGUGUGGCUGUAAAGGCCACUUUGCAAAGGAUUGUUUCAUGCAGCCAGGUGGGACCAAACACUCUCUAAUAUCUAAAGAGGAAGAGGAGAAAGAAGAGGUAAAGUCAGCAGAAUUUGAGAAACGUGACCCCACAAAGACGUCUUCUAGAAAAAGAAAGAAGGAAAAGAAGCACAGAGAGAGGAAGUCAUCUGACUCUGACAGCUCAGACUCUGAGGGUGAUACAGGCAAGAGGGCAAGACACACAUCAAAAGACAGCAAGGCAGCAAAGAAGAAGAAGCACAAAAAAUGA